AUGGCCGACAGCUGGCGCCAGGGGCAAUACACAGUGCAGAGCAAGGCUGGCGACGGCAGCAAGCAGCGGCGCUCGUCCGGAGUCUGUCACAAAUUAGAGCCCGCUGCAGGGGUGAUGGAGCAGCCGGGCCAGCUUCCAGCACUGCCCCGGGCGCUGGACGUUCAGAGGUUUGCCGGCGCUCGUGAGCAAGAGAUCCGGGCGCUAUGCGCGGCGCUCAAGGGCAGCAAGCUGGGCGUCAAGUUUGGAGUGGCGGCGCUGCCGCGCCACCUUCGGCGGCGGGCAGGCAGCCACAAGCCGUUCCACAACCACCGCUUCCGUCCAAAUGCCAAGCUGGCGGGAAAACGGCGCAAGCUCAACCCAGUCGCCGAGGCCGGCGAGGAGGAAGGCGGAGCAGCAGCGGCGUCAUCGACAACAGCUGCAACGCAGGGUGCUCAGUCGGGCGAGGUGACCACGGCGGCUGUGGCGCGGCCCUUCACAAACCGCCGCAUGCGGCGCCAGCCGGCGGCGCUGCAGGAGCGCUUCCGCCAGUCGGCCGCGUGGACGGAAGCCUCCCUGGCCGCCAGCGCCGCGGCUGCUGCCACAGCAGGCGCGGCGGAAGCCUCGGGGGCGGCAGCCGCCCCUGCAGCACCAGAGGGCAUCAGCGGCAGCCCGCGGCGGCUGGAGAUGCAUGUGUGGCACGCCAAGCGCCUGGCGAUGGAGGAGCGGUAUGGCUGGCUGCUGCCCGGGGGCGCGGCGGGCCAGGGCCGCGGCAGCCGCUCCUUUGUGCACGUUACCCGCGCCUCCGCCCUGAUGCACGAUGCCUCCUACAUGUGCCCCCUGCUGCUCAGGGGCGCCUGGCGGGACGUGCACAGCGUGCUCAGCACCCUGCUGGACCCCGUCGCCGCCGCGGCGCUGGCUGCCGACAUCAGUGAGGCAGGCGGUGCGGGCGGCGGCGACCUGGGCGGCUGGGAGCAGGAGGUUAUGCUCCACCAGCCCGGACGCUACCCACAAGGGGCCAUCUGCCCUGCACAGCUGCUGCUGUGCCCUGCCAGUGUCGAGAGCUGCAGUGGUGGCGGCGCCGGUAUGGAUGUUGACGGGGCGGCCGAGGCGGCGGUGGAGGAGGGAGGCCAGCGGGCAGCAGGCAGCGGGAGCAUGCAGGCGCUGCUCUGGGUGCACCCUGCCGCAGCGGCCGAGGCGGCUGCAGCUCUGCGGGCCGCGGCCGGCGCAGCCCAUGCCGCAGCCGGGGACCCCCCUAGCAACCAUAGCAUCACUGUUUCCGUGCUGGAUUUGAGGCGGCUAGAGAUCUGGGGAGGGGCGUCGGAUGCGGCGCUGGCUGUGGCCCUGGCGGGCGCCACAGCCGCUGCUGGCGGCAGUGCACCACAGCAGCAGCAGCAGCAGCCGGCUUCGCUGCUAAAUCAGCAGCAGGAACAGCAGCAGGAGGUGGAGCCGUUGCCAUCGCUGCCACCUGUGCUUGCAAGCAUGCAGCACGGGGAGGCCGUGCAGCUGCUGCUGCCAGACCCUCGCCUGCGCAAGCCAGUGGUGCUGGGCACCCUGUCUGCCACCCUGCUGCCGACGGCUGCUGCUGGGGCCGAGGGAGGGACAGCAGGCGGCAGCAGCCAGCAGCCCCAGCAGCAGCGGUUGGACGUGCCGCGCCUGCUGCGCGUGCCGCCGCCGCUGAGCGAGCCCGAGCUCAGCAGCCGGCGGCAGCAGCUGCGCCGCCGCCUGCUGCACCUUGAGGGCUCCACGCUUGGCGGCAGCGCUGGCGACCAGCAGCAGCGGCAGCAGCAGCUGCAGGAGCAGCAGCAGGAGCGCCAGCUGCAGCUCCAGGGUUACUGCCCUGCUGUGCUGGUGCGGCAUGACGGGCAGGAGCCUGGGGCUAUCCCAGGCUGGUCCCUGGUGCUCCCUGCCGGCUGGGUGCCGCCCUUCUGGCUGGCUGCCGCCUAUGCCGGCUGCAAGCCCACAGGCCAGCGCGAGUGGCGCUGGCUGCACACGCUGCAGCAGCGCCGCUGCUUUCCAUGGGACCAUCCAGACACUCCCGCCUAUGCAGCGCUGAUGCGGCAGCAGCAGCGGCGGCGACAGGCCAUCAUCGCCAAGCGGCCGCCGGGCAAGCAGAUGCUGGCUGCGCCGCCCAGCCCGCCAGACUGGCAGCGGCUGGUGCUGCCUCCUGCUGGUGGCAGCAGUGGCAGCGGCACAGAGGCGCCGCCAGAGCAGCAGCAGGGCAUGGAGGUUGACGCCGGGGCGCCUGCUGAUGUGGCAGUUGAGCUGGCAGGCGACGUGUAUGUGGCCCGCUGCUAUGCCGCAAUGGCUGCCGCCCUGAGCGGCAGCGCCAGCGGCGGCGCCAGCGGCGGCGCCAGCGGCGCUGCCCGCCCCGUCACGGCUGCGCUGCGGCAGGGUCUGCUCCAAUGGCGGCCCAAGCUGCAAGCUGUGGCCGCCUCCGCCGACGCCGUGGCAGGAGCCUCUCGGGGCGGGGCGUCCAGGGAACCAUCUGGCAGCACCAGCAGCGGCUGCCUACUGGAGGCAACCGUCCAUCCAGUCAAGUCGGGCUCGAUCGCCGAGGGCGCUGCUCUGUGUUAUGUGGCGGGCCGCGAGGCAUUGCUUCAGCGGGCGCCGCUGACUGUGCUUGGUGGCCGGCAGCAGCGGCGGCGGCAGCGGCAGCUGGAGCAGCAGCAGGUUGCGCUGGUGGAGGCUGGCGGCGACCUGGAUGCUGAGCUGGCAUUCGCCGCCGCCGCCGAGGGCCUCGCCGGCCCCAGCAGCAGCGGCAGCAGCAGCAGCUGUGGCGGCGAGGUGACGCAAGAGCUUGUUCAGGUGGUGGGCUAUGUGUUGUCAGAGGCGCCCCGCGGCGCGCCCAGGCGCUGCGGCGCGCUGGCCGCGGUGCAGAUGGCGGCGGCCUGGCGCCUGCGCUCGCUGCAGCACUGGGCGCCGCGGGCAGACGGCGGCACCAUAGAGGCGUUUGCCCGCAACCCCGGCAGCGACACGCUGUUCCCUGUGCGCCUGCGGCUGCUGGCGGAAGGGGAAGGCAGGCGUUGA